AUGACGACACGGGAGGCUAGCCACGCCGGAUCUUGGAUGCGGAAUAGCCACGCGGGGUACUCUUACUCCGGGCCUUGCGCGGCCUGGGCUUACAAGGCCCUCGAUUUGAGAUCGGCGAAACGGGUCUUCAUCCUUGGACCUUCACACACCUACUACCUACGCGGAUGUGCUCUCACGUCAUUCGACAAGUACGAAACCCCCUUCGGAGACCUCGUCGUCGAUAACGCCACGACGUCCGAGCUGCGGCAGACCAACCGGUUCUCCGAGAUGCCAAAACGCAGUGAUGUGAGCGAGCACUCUCUCGAGAUGCAUUUGCCGUACCUACGGAAAAGGCUCGAACAGACCUUUGGUGACGGAGAUUACCCCCCCAUUAUUCCUAUACUCGUUGGCGACGCGUCCGGGGACGAGGAGAAAUCUUGGGGUCAGCUCCUAUCAAAGUACUUGAAAGAUCCCGAAAGUGCUUGGAUUGUUUCGUCUGAUUUCUGUCAUUGGGGAUCUCGCUUUACCUACCGGCCGAAAUUUCGUGACGGCGUGAUUCGCGACUUGGACAACGACCGCGGUGCCUUACAAGUCACUCCGGACUGGAGCCAGGUGGCCGAGGAUCCUGAGAGUCCGGAGAUCCACGAGGUCAUCGAGGUGCUGGACCAGAUGGCCAUAGAUGCGGUCGAGUCUGGUUCACACAGCGAGUUCUCCAAGGUUAUCCGACAGACCCAAAAUACUGUCUGUGGGCGACAUCCCAUUGGCGUCAUGAUGGCAGCCCUGGAAGCGGUCGCGGAAGAGAGAGGACUGGAGGGUAAAAACGGCAAGUUCAGCUUCGUUCAGUAUCAAAGGAGCAACUUGGUGAAGAGGGACAAAGAUUUUAGUGUCAGCUAUGCGUCGGCAUACGCGGUCGUCUGA